CCGCGUUUACACCGAAGUUUCAAACAAAAAGUUGCAAACUUUUAUUGCAAACAGCAGUUGCAAACAGUAGUUUCAAAUAAAAGUUUGCAACUUUUAUUUCAUGGUUUUAUUUCCAUGUUUCAUGAAAAUGUUUUCAACCUUGAUUAUGACUCGCCUAUGUUCUGGUUCCUGGGAUCAGUCCUUCCGAGGAUGUCAAGUGUCGAGGAUGUCAUUUUAGCCGCGGCGGCGUGUGUCGUGUUGUCAAAGCAACGUAGGCCGAGACGAUACUGGGUGAGGCCGUCUCUGAAUUCCAGAGCUACGUACAGUGGAAACGACCUGUUGGACGAUUUAAAUAGAGAUGAUGUCGACCCUCUAUCAGGUGAACUGAGAACGGACGGAAGUUUUAAAAACUUUGUAAGAAUGACCAGAGAGGAUUUUGAAUAUAUAACUUUAAUGAUUGGUCACAAAAUUUCGAAAAUGGAUACGAAUUACCGAAAGGCUAUUUCUGUAACGGAAAAACUAGCCGUAACCUUGCGUUUUUUAGCUACCGGAGAUUCAUACACAAGCUUGAGUUACCUGUUCAAGAUAUCAAAAUCAACCAUAUCUUUGUUUGUACCUGAGGUGUGCGAGGCUUUAAUAGAUCUUCUGAAGGAUAACAUAAAGGUAAUACGUUAUAAGUAGACUAUACAUAGCCUAUAUUUGUUAUUUUG